AUGAAAGAGAUCAGGUGUCGCAAUACACUUCGCAGUCUGAUGGCACCUCGUGUCGAAUUACCGAGUGGAGAUGCAAUCGUCAAAGUCGCUUUUAUCUGCAAUGCAACAAUUUCUGGAAUCCCCUGGUCCCGGUUUACUAUGCCCAGCAUCCGUGGUCUAGAAGUACUCGAUAAAGUCCCCAGUUUCUCGUUCUUCAUCGAACAUCCUUCUGGGCGGCGUGUCCUGUUUGAUCUUGGUGUCCGGAGGGACUGGUGGAACUUGUCACCAGUGCUCGCACGACGCAUGAAAGUGGGAGGUUGGAAGACAGAUGUUUCCACAGACGUCUCUGAAAUACUCGAAGAGCAUCAUGUACCACUGCAGUCCAUCGACACUGUGAUCUGGAGUCACUGGCAUUGGGAUCACAUUGGGGACAUGUCGAAGUUCCCUGCCGGCACGAAUCUCCUGACCGGGCCAGGAUUUGUUGAAGCCUUCAUUCCUGGGUAUCCCGCAAACGAGAACAGCCCUAUACAGGAGUCUGAUUAUUCCGGGAGGACCCUUAUCGAAAUUGAGGAAUUCGAACGACAAAUUGGAGAUAUCCCUGCUCAUGACUUCUUUGGCGAUGGCUCAUUCUACCUUCUCUGGACACCGGGCCACGCAAUUGGGCAUUUAUCUGCGCUUGCUCGAACAUCAACUGCUAGAAAUGGUGAGGACGACACAUUCAUUUUGAUGGGCGGAGACUGCUGCCAUCACAUGGGCCAGAUGCGGCCCUGCACGAGAUGGCAGCUGCCAUAUGAUAUAAAGCUUCACGUCUCGUCAAAAUCACCGGCUUCUAGCCAACCUGGAGUGGGAUGGAACAUGACCUCUUAUAGUAGAGGUUCCGAUGUCGCUCUUCUGGAGAUAUCCGAUUACGCCAAUGGUGAGAGCGCAGCCAUCAACCCUGAAGAAGCCGUUAAUUCGCUUCGGAAGCUGAUGAGCUUUGACGACGAGCGAGUGCUUGUUGCGAUAGCCCAUGACAAGACCCUACAUGGUGUCGUAGACCUUUUUCCAAAACCGGCUAAUAACUGGAAGGUAGAAGGAUGGGCGGAUCGCGCUCGAUGGGCUUUUCUAAACGAUUUUGGUGAGAAGGAAUAA